UCAGCUGUGGUCUGGGGGAACCCAAUCCAGGGCCGAGAGGACAAGUCCCACCAAGCAGCCAGGCACAUGCUGUGCCACAGGGCUGAGGACACGGCCGACUGCCUGCUCAGUCCACUGCGCUGGUGUCUCCAGUGAAACUUCCAGCUCUCUGGGUACAGCUGCCAUUUAUCACCAGGAAAAUGCAGGGGGCGGGGGAUUGCCGGAAGGGUGGGGCUGAUGGACGGAGAGUCAUCUGUCAUCUGCCCUCCGUCCACAGUCAUGGAAGCUCCGGGGACCAGCCUGGCCCAAGGCCUUCCUUGCAAGCCACCAGCCCCUGGGCCUGUCCUACUCUCAGUGAGGCAUGCAGCUCGUUUCUCCACAACACUCCGUCCCAGCCAGGGGGGACAGAGCGCUGGCCCAGUGGUGAGAUGCCAUUUUUCAUCCUGGCCAGGAGAGAAAUCCACACCCCAGGCCACUCCAGGCCUGUUCUCCACUCCGCAAUCAGGAGACCCCUCUCUGUCCUCUUCUGCUGUGAGGAUACUGCCUGGGAAGGGGCCAGAGAGAUGCAUAGGACUUUCUGGAAGACACUGGAAGACAGAGGCAAGGUUGCCGCUUCACUCCUGCAACCAGUGAUGGGGUGGGAAAGGGCACUGGCGAGGCUGGCACGUCUGGGGUCCAGGCACAGGCUGGGGAACUCCUCUGAACUCAGGUCCCUCCCCUCCCCACCCCUCCAGGGCCUUGCUGUGAUGGCUGCAUCCCAAGAGCGAGGAAGGAGCCCGGGGGCUUCUCUGGCCUGUCAGAGGCCCCCCCUUCUCUCAGGGCCCAGCCAGAGGGCUGCCGCCAGUGAAGGGGAACUUGUCCCGGCCCUCGCUCACAUUCAAGACCUACCCUUCCUUCUCAACCAGUCCGGUCCUCGGCCUCCACUCUGGCCGACGCAGGCCAGGCCUCCACAGCUGCCUGGGCUAAUUACUGCAGCAGCCCCUGUGUCCCAGAGCAGAACGCUGCCAGUCCGUGCUCCAAACUCUUCGAAGGGCUCCCCGCCGCUGGCACGGGGAAUCCAAACCUGCUGUGGCACACAGGACCUCGAGCCCUGCCCCUGCAUGAGCCAUCCUGCCGCAGGGAGCCCUCCCGGGGUCUGGCCGAGCCACACUCCCGGCCUCCUCACAUCACAGGCCCCCUCAUGCCAGGAAAGCUGGGCCCUCCCUUCCCCUUUCUUCCUGGUUCUUUUGCAAAGUCUCAGUUCACUAUGUACGUGCUGUUUGCAUUGAGGCAAAGCUUUUCCCGUGUGUCAGGACAGAGCUCUGGAAGCCGGUCCUAAUAGUACUGAUGGCGGUGGGAUUGGAGGGGCAGGGAUCUGAACUCCCUGCUUAACGCUUUUACACUGUUUGAGUAUUGACCACCUUUGUAAAGAAGAAACACUUUUUUUUUUUUUUUUUACAGAAUAGAGCAGGACGCUACACACCCCCAGCCAUCCCCUCUGGCCCUCACGAGGCCGGGUCCAGGCACUUUCCCCUCACGGCACAAGCCUGCAUCCUUCCCAAGAUUCUGAGCCCCGCACGGGGCCCUCACCACAAUUCUGGAAGGCCUCGUGAGCACAGGGAGUACUGGUGCAUUUUAUAGACAAGAAAGAGGGGGCUCAGAGAACUGAAGCAACCUCUCUGAGUCACACAGCAAGUCUGAGGCCGAGCAGAGUCUGCUCCUGAGCUCCUUCCCCUGCCCCUGGGACUUCCGCUGGCGGGCUGGCUCUCCUGCAGGCUGGUAGGCUCACCAGUGGGGAUGCAGUGCUGCCUCCCAAGGAAGGAACAACGGGGUCAGAGCGAGGCCGGGCCGGGUCAGGCCUGACAGGUAGGUAAGGCCAACGACCAAACAAUGUGAGCGAGGCCAGGCGAGGCCAGCACCUGGGACGCAGCCUGCGGGCACCUGGUCUGCUCAGGUCCGUGGAAGAUGCCCCUGACCAGGGCGGGUGAUGACGGGGCGAUCUCGCCACCCAGUCAGGGGGCUGGAGGGCAGAUUCCCUGGAGCCCAGAGGCCUAGGAUCUCAGAAAGGAGGGCAGGGAGUGAAGACACAGGUGCCCAGCUGAUGACGGAGACAGGCCAGGCUGCCCCGGGGGGGCAGCUGUUAGGGUCCCUGGUGGUGGCACCCAGGUAGCUCCCUGGUCCUGUGGAGGCCAGGGCGCAGCUGGCUGCUCUGGGAGCCUAGGAGGAGCCAGCCCCUCCCCUGCAGCAGCUCCCUCCUUGAGAUCCCCUGGGAGUCUGUCCUGGCCACUGCCUGGGUCCCAAGC